CCUUUUUUGUAUCUUAAAAUAAAAAUCAUUUCCAUUGAUCAUCUGCUUUACCUUACUAUUUUUCCUUGAUGGCUGCGUUUACUCUCUCCCCUGCUACUUCUUCUUCUCAGUUGAGGUCUGGUAACAAUGGACUGUUUACCCCGGGUCAAGGACUACUGGCAAAACCAGUGAACAAGAGCCAAAUGGUGGGUGGAAAAGAUAGAGGAAUGAAGGUGACAUGUCAAGCAGCGAGUAUCCCGGCUGACCGGGUUCCGGAUAUGGAGAAAAGGAAGCUCAUGAAUUUGUUGUUGCUUGGUGCUAUUGGUCUCCCAACUGCUGGCAUGUUGUAUCCUUACACUUAUUUCCUUGUUCCACCAGGUUCAGGAGGUGGAGGUGGUGGUACUCCGGCUAAGGAUGCCCUUGGUAACGAUAUUAUUGCAUCGGAAUGGAUUAAGACCCAUGGACCUGGUGACCGAACCCUUACACAAGGUCUAAAGGGAGACCCAACAUACCUAGUGGUCGAGAAUGACAAGACCCUUGCAACCUAUGGAAUUAACGCCGUCUGCACCCAUUUGGGUUGUGUGGUGCCAUGGAACAAGGCAGAGAACAAGUUCAUGUGCCCAUGCCAUGGUUCUCAAUACAACAACCAAGGCAAAGUCGUUAGGGGUCCUGCUCCUCUGUCGUUGGCAUUGGCUCAUGCGGAUAUUGAUGACGGAAAGGUUCUUUUUGUUCCAUGGACGGAGACAGAUUUCAGAACUGGUGAUGCUCCAUGGUGGUCUUAGAUUCUACUUGAUCAUUUUGGGAUUCUUGUUUCGUUUAAUCGAGAAUCAGUAUAUGUACACACAACUUAACGUUUGAUUUCAUGUGUCCAACAUGCUUAUAAAUUUGUCAAAUGGCCACCUACCUCUAAUAAUAUUGUGCUAUUGUCAGAAA